UCUCUCUCAUCUCUCAAACUCGUCUCUUUCUCUCUUGGUUCAGAAAAGACGAAGAAAACACUCUGAAAUAUUUCUAAUCAAAUUACAUAUUUACAUAUACGUCUGCAUACGUGCAAAUUGUGCAUACAUUGUUUCGCGCGAAGCUGGGAUUAACUGUCUUCUGCUUCUUCAUACGCCCAAUGAUUUUUUUGAUGAUAGGAUAAUUUGGCGGUGAUCACCGUAGAGGGUUUGUUGGAUCGCAAAAUUCUUUCCAAUUUGAGUAAAUAAAGCGUGAUUGUUGAAGAUUUUUUACAAUUAGAGAGCAGCGAUAGUUAGCGGAUUGGGAUGAAGAGGUCUAGAGAUGAUGUGUUCUUGACUUCUCAAAUCAAGCAACCCGCCUUUUCUCCUGGCGUCGAGCAAUCUGGGCAAGUCCAAUUGUCAACUGCAAGCAGCGCCCAGGGGCUGACAACAACGGAUGCCUUUUCAUAUCUCAAAUACAUAAAGGAGGUUUUUCAAGACAACAAGGAUAAAUAUGGAGAAUUUCUUGAUGUCAUGAGAGACUUUAAAUCUCAAAGAAUUGAUACAUCCGAUGUCAUAUUGAGAGUGAAAGAGUUAUUUAAAGGUAACCGGGACCUCAUUUUGGGUUUCAAUACCUUUUUGCCUAAGGGACAUGAGAUCAUCCUCCCACCAGAGGAUGAACCAUAUCUUAAAAAGAAGCCUAUAAACUUUGACGAAGCAAUCAGUUUUGUUACCAAAAUCAAGACUAGAUUCCGAGGUAAAGAUCAUGUGUACAAAGCUUUCCUUGGGACUUUGAAUAUGUGCAGAAAGGAAGAUAAGUCUUUGACAGAGGUUUAUCAAGAGGUUUCUGUUCUUUUUCAGGGCCACGAUGACCUUCUUGUCGAUUUUACUCAUUUCCUACCUGAUACUUCGAGUGCGCCCUCUGUUCACAAUGCACAGUCUGGUAGGAACCACAACCUACUUGGAGAUGAUAGAGGCUCUCUGAUGACCAUAACAAGGCCUGCACGUGUUGAAAAGAAGCCUGCAGUUUGUGAUGGGCUUGUCAAUCAUUAUGACCUCGAACAGUUCGAAAAGGACAAGGAAAAGGGAGAAGACAGACUAAAAAAUGAGUGGGAACAUGAUGAGAGCUUAGGUCACAGAAGAAAAUCUUCUCGCCGAGAUGAUUGUGCCAUUAACCAGUUUCCCCGAGGGAUGCUGGAAAUGGAGGCAGAAUUCCGUGAUAAAGUGAAAGAUCGAUUACGUGAUACUGAUAUUGCUGAGAAAUUUUUAGACUGCAUUCGCUCCUUUAAAAGCAAGAUUGCCACUGCAGCUCAGUUCCGGAUACUGGUGAGUAGCUUGCUUGGAACAGAUACAUAUGUUACAGAGGCAUGUGACAAUUUUGUAACUUACGUUGAGAGGAAUGCUUCAGGAAGCUUGCAGAACUCUAAACAAGUUUUUAGAUUUUUAAAGCACGAAAGAGAUGGAGAUGAUCAUGACUGGGAAGACCGAGAGAAAAGAAAAGAUUAUGAAAUUAGAGAAAGGGAUAGAUGUGAUAGAGGUCUUGCCUCAAACACUAAAGAUGUCAAGCUACCUUCUUAUGCAAGUAAAGAGAAGUUUAUGUCAAAACCCAUUCAAGAUCUCGAUCUCUCUAAUUGUGAGAGCUGCACUCCUAGUUAUAAACUUCUUCCAGAAAAUUUUCCAGUUCCAACAGCGAGCUGGAGAACAAAGAUUGGUGAUGAAGUACUGAAUGACCGUUGGGUAUCCGUCACUUCAGGAAGUGAAGAUUACUCAUUCAAACAUAUGCAGAAAAAUCAGUAUGAAGAAAUCUUAUCCCGAUGUGAGGAUGAUAGGUUUGAACUCGACAUGUUGUUGGAUUCGGUAAAUGCAACAGCCAAGCGUGUUGAAGAACUCUUAGACAGUAUGAAUGCUCAUACAAAUAAAAUGGAAAGUUCAGUUUGUAUUGAAUAUCGCCUGUCAGCAAUUCACCUGCGAUGUAUUGAACGUUUAUACGGUGACCAUGGGCUAGAUGUAAUGGAUGUAUUAAAGAAAAAUGCACCUCUAGCCCUGCCAGUUAUUUUAACCCGGUUGAAGCAGAAACAAGAAGAAUGGGCAAGCUGUCAUGCUGAUUUUAACAAAGUUUGGGCUGAAAUUUGUUCUAAGAACUACCAUAAGUCACUUGAUUACAGGAGCUUCUACUUCAAACAGCAGGAUACAAAGAACUUGACCGCCAAAGCAUUGUUAGCUGAUAUCAAAGAGAUGAGCGAAAAAAAUCAGACUGAAGAUGAAAUGGUCCUCUCUAUUAUUGCUGCUGCGUAUACACAGCCCACUAAACCUGAUAUGGAGUUCGAUUAUCCUGAUCUGGAUAUCCAAGAUGAUAUAUAUCAGCUUGUGAAAUAUUCUUGCAAAGAAGUUUGUACACCUGAACAACGUGACAAAGUCAUGAAGAUCUGGACAGCCUUCAUUGAGCCUUUGCUUUGUGUUCCUUCCCGUCCUCCCAGUGCAGAGGACGAAAAAUAUGUUGUUAAGGCUAACAAUCAUACAAAGCAAAACUUGAACCAAAUUGGUCCCGAGAAUAGAAGUACUGCCGAUGAGGUUGCUUACUACGAACCUGCAGAAAUAUCAAAAGGUGGUCAACCAGAGAAUUCCUUUUGCAGCGGGGUGCAAGACACACACAAUACUAAUGGGGAUAUUAGUGAUGAUUCUCAUGGUGCAUAUAAAUUUGCCAGUAAGAGUGGUAUAUUAUGCAAGGCAUCUCCAGUUUCUCUGCAAGAAAAUGACAUGAAUGUGGAAACAUUGAAGGCCGGCCAUGCAAAUGCAGAUCGUGGGGUAGCAGUGUCUCCUAGUCGAGAAAUCCAGAAUGAUGCCAUCACAAAACUCACUUCAUGUUCAACUGCGAUGGAUGUGGAAGAGGUCAAGGUUCAGAAGCAUCACGAAGAAAAUGAAAGUAGCAGUAAAGGUGAGCGGGAAGAGGGCGAAUUAUCUCCCAAUGGAAUUUUAGAGGAGAACGUGUUUGCCAACACCAAAGUGGAGCAGACUCUCUGCAAAAGUGAUCCUAAUGCUAUGGAAAUGGGAGCAGCAGUAGAAAUGUGUAUCAAGGAAGCUGGAGAAGAAACUGAUGCUAAUGCUGAUAAUGAAGGCGAGGAAAGUACUCGGGUCUCAUCAAAAAGUGAACAUGGCAAUGAUUCAAGAAGUGAGUCUGCAAAUGGAGAAGAGUCCUCUCCUGAAGAACCUGAUAAUGAUGCAGACCAUGAUAAGAAAGCUGAGAGUGAUGGCAUGGAGGCAGACUGUAUGGAAGAUGUCAAUGACACUGAAGGAGCAAUACCCAUACCUGAUAAUCUUUUAUGGGCAAAGCCUAUCAGAGUGUACAUCCCUAGUGCAUUAAAAUGCAAAGAAAAGUAUUCUCAUGUCUUCUAUGGAAAUGAUUCGCUCUAUUUGUUUUUCAGGCUUCAUCAGAUAUUGUAUGAAAGAAUGCAGACUGCCAAGUUGCACUCUUCAUCUCCUGACAAUAAAUGGAGGGUUUCAAAUGAUGGGAAUUCGGAGGAUUCGUAUGCUAGAUUUAAGGAUGCGCUACACAGUUUGCUAAGUGGAUCCUCUGAUAACGCGAAGUUUGAGGAUGACUGUCGAGCUCUAGUUGGUUCUCAAUCCUACAUCCUUUUUACGAUGGACAAGCUGAUACAUAAACUUGUCAAACAGCUACAAUUCAUUGCAACUGAGGAGACAGAAAAUAAACUCCUCCAACUCUAUUUCUAUGAAAAAACAAGAAGUCCCGAAUCAUUUUCUGAUGCAGUGUACUAUAACAAUGCCCAAUUUCUUUUUCCAGAUGAUAACUUGUACCGAAUGGAGUUUUUGCCUGGCUCAAUGCGUUUGACCAUACAGUUGAUGAAAAAUGAGCUCUAUAAACUCGACCCAGCAGCCAACUCCAUAGACCCCAAAUUCAUGUCUUACUUGAACGAUGAAUUCCUGGCCAUUCCCGAAAGUAACAAAAAUCCCGGGGUAUUCUUGAAGAGGAACAAAAAGCUAUACUCAAGCGGAGACGAAUAUUCUGAUACGUGCAAAGCCAUGGAAGGACUUUUAUUUCAAAAUGGUGUAGAGAUGAGGGUGAACUGUAGCUCAUUGAAGGUCUCAUACGUUUUGGGCACGGAAGAUUUCUUGUAUCGGCCAAAGAAGAGGAGGAAGGCUCUGUAUGGACAUGAGCAGUUGCCAAUGCAAGGAGAAACGAUGCAAGUUGAUGCUUAGAAGUAGUCAGUCACCAUUCACCAACAACAAGUGGGCUAAACUUCCCUGUAAGUGUAGCAGAAUGCAGUGAGACUGAGCUCUUCAAUUAAUAAAGGUGAAUUGAUGAAAACUCGAGUUAUUUAAAAUAAAGAAUAUUUAUCCUUUCGCAUCUGUGUUUACUAUACUUUUAAUGAAGUCAAUAAACUGUUUUUACUUCA